CUUGGGCUUUGCCUUAAAAAUCCACACACACUCCACAUACAUCCACCCUUUUUUACUUUGUGAUCUCUCUUUCCCCCUCCUUCUCCCCGGAGGAGCAUCAGAUGACAGCUGAGAGAGAGCGAGAGAGAGAGAGAGAGAGAAGGCGAAAGGGAGGGAAAAGAGAGAAGCCAAGCGCCUUCGCCACUUGGAGCCCCAAAGAGGCGCUGAGGCGCUCUUCUUCCCCAGCGAGUCCAUUCAGGGCUGGAAGGAGAAGGAGGAGGAGGAGGCUUUCCCAGUCUUGAGAGAGACUGCUUCCAAAGGCAUUGCCUCCAACGGCGAGCCUUCCUCGGCUGCCCCUCCACUGGCCACCUGAGGAGAAGCCAAGGGCCGAGGCCGUAGCCCAGGGAGGUCCCCCGGAGAGACAGAAGGCAAGGCGGCCCAGCCCCCGCCUCAGAGGAGGAUGCUGCUCCUGCUCCUGCUCCUGGCCUCUUUGGGGCUCCUGGCGGCGCCCCAGAAGUUCUCCGCCCUCACGUUUUUAAGAGUGGAGCAAGACAAGGACAAAGAAUGUAGCCUGGAAUGCACAGGAUCCCCUCAGAAGUCAUUGUGUGCUUCAGAUGGCAGGACUUUCCUAUCCCGUUGUGAAUUUCUGCGGGCGAAAUGCAAAGAUCCUCAGCUAGAUAUUGCCUACCGGGGCAACUGCAAAGAUGUUUCAAGAUGUGUGGCAGAGAGGAAAUACACUCAAGAACAAGCACGGAAAGAGUUCCAGCAAGUUUUUAUUCCAGAAUGCAAUGAUGACGGCACUUACAGCCAGGUUCAGUGUCACAGUUACACAGGCUACUGUUGGUGUGUCACUCCAAAUGGUCGUCCAAUCAGUGGUACAGCUGUAUCACACAAAACUCCACGCUGCCCAGGUUCUCUAAAUGAGAAGCUUCCACAACGAGAAGGUACAGGAAAAACAGAUGAUGCCUCAGUUCCUGCACUGGAGACUCAGCCCCAAGGGGAUGAAGAAGAUAUAGCUUCUCGUUACCCUACAUUAUGGACUGAGCAAGUAAAAAGCAGGCAGAAUAAGACCAAUAAAAAUUCUGCAGCUUCAUCAUGUGACCAAGAACUUCAAUCUGCAUUAGAAGAAGCUAAGCAACCUCAAAAGGACAAUGUAUUUAUUCCAGAGUGUGCAAAUGGUGGCCUUUACAAACCAGUGCAGUGUCAUCCUUCCACAGGAUACUGUUGGUGUGUCCUUGUUGAUACAGGACGCCCCAUACCUGGUACAUCAACAAGAUAUGAACAACCUAAGUGUGAUAAUAGUGCCAGAGCUCAUCCAAGCAAAACAAAAGAUUUGUUCAAAGGGCGCCAGCUUCAAGUAUUAACUAAAGGUUGUCCAGGAGCCAAGAAGAAUGAAUUCUUGACCAGUGUUCUGGAUGCACUUUCCACAGAUAUGGUGCAUGCAGUUUCUGACCCUUCAGUGUCUUCCAGCAGGCUUUCGGAACCAGAUCCAAAUCACACUUUGGAGGAGAGAGUUGUCCACUGGUAUUUUAAACAACUGGAUAAAAAUGCUAGUGGUGACAUUGGGAAAAAAGAAAUCAAGCCAUUUAAAAGAUUCCUGAGGAAGAAAUCCAAGCCCAAGAAAUGUGUGAAAAAGUUUGUGGAAUACUGUGAUGUGAAUAAUGACAAAUCCUUAACAGUUUCAGAAUUAAUGGGUUGCCUGGGUGUAACAAAAGAAGACAAUAAAGCGGACACAAAGAAACGCCAUACUCCAAAAAAUAAUGGUGAAAGUACUCCUUCCAACAGGCAGCAAACCUCAAAGAAGCAAGGCUGAACACUUCAUAUUCAAGGCAGAUCUCUCGGACAUGAGGGAGACUCCCUCACCAAAAGGCAAUAAAAAUGUAGUAUUUGCACUUUGUACUUUAAAUGUAAAUUCACUUUGUAGAAAUGAGAUAUUUAAACAGACAUUAAAAUCUGUGAAAAUGUAGUAACAGCUUGUUUUAAACUAUUAUCACAUACAAUGUAUGUGCCUUUUUGUUGUCUCAAAACUGUACGUGAUGGAGGUGUACAAGUUUGCCUUUUUUUGAAAGAAUGUUCUGCUAGACACUGACAUAGGGACUAGAUUUAGUGUUUUUCUUUUCAGUUGUAUUGAUUGUUUUCUGCAUAAACUACUAAUAUUGUUAACAGUUAUACAGAAAACUAGCUUGAUUUGAAGUCUGCUGUAUUCACAAUGUUAUGUAAUCUGUGUUUGAGGUUGCAUGUUCCAAAGUCCAAGCAAAGGCUAGAAAUUGAUGUUGACUUCAUAGGCACCAUUUAUAAACACUCUGUUGGUGUUUAAGGUGUUGUUGUUUUCAGACUAUUGUUUUGGGCUUCUCCAGAGCACAACUGUACAUCAAGAAUGCAACCACUAAAGGAUUUUAAAAGCUUUUUUUUUUUUUUUGUCUUUUUGUCUUUAGGUUCUUGUAGAUUUUUUUCUCUAUCUUUUUAGAGGACAUUAUUAUAAUAUAUGUUUAUUUUAUUUUCAAUUCCUUUUGCUUUUUUGGAUGGUUUAGCCUGCCAACAAACUGACAAGAAAUUCAUUAUGUCACUCAUGAUUGCUUCUCCCAAGCUUUAGAAUAGACAUAAUAAUGUAAUAAAGGGGAAUAUUUGUUCAGUAUUGUAAAUCUAAUUAUAAGGAGACAAAGAGGGUGAAGCAGGCUUGUCAAGUGUUCCUUACAGUUGGCUGGACUAUGAUACAUGACUUUUGGUGCCCCAGGAUCUACAAAGGUAAAACUAUCACUUGAACAAAUUAUGAGCAGUUAUGUUAAAGAGUUGCAGUCAGCACAAGCUCUCCCUUAGGGCAUCCUUCUUGCCAUCUGGGAGAUGUUCUUACAAGUUUUCAUGUCUUUCCAAUCUCUUGGAGAUGUUUUGGUUUUUUUUUCACCUCUUUCCUGGAAUGCCUUAAGGGGACAGAAACUUGCAGAUGUGAACUGAACUUCAUAACAAAAGAUUUGAACAGAAUAAAAAAUAAUAAUGAGCUGAGCUUCAGAACUUGGACAGCAUUAAAUUUUAACCAGCCAGAGAGAUGAAUGCACAGGGUAGACACACACUGUGGGUAUCCCCCCCCCAAAAAAAAUUACAAAGUGUCCCUUCAGGAUUGUAGCAAUUGUUCAUUGCUCAUUAUCUCUAUUGUUCAUCAAAACAUUAUAGACUAGACAGGACAUAGAAAUAACAGUUGAUAAUCAUGUUCUGAUGCAGCCUCUGUAUUUAUAUCUGCAUACAUAGCUACAUGAUAAUAUACUGUUGGAAAUCUUUGUACUUUGUGGAACGGAGUAAAAGCAAAUUAGUCUUGUGGUUAGAGAUUUGUGGAGUACAGAACAAAAAUGCUAAUGUAUGUUUAUCUUUGUAAAAACAACACAAACCCCCAAAUUUAUUUGAUGCUUUUUUUAUAAUGCUAAACUCUGAAUUUAAUCUGUUUAGAUUAAACAUAUAG